AUGUCAGCUAAGGAGACAAAGAUGUCCCUGGGGUCCAUCAACUCCAGGCUCCAGCUCAUUAUGAAGAGUGGAAAGUACCUGCUGGGGUACAAGCAGAUGCUGAAGACGAUCAGACAGGGCAAAGUGAAAUUGGUUGUCCUCGCCAACAAUUGCCCAGAGUUAAGGAAAUCUGAGAUAGAAUACUAUGCUAUGUUGGCCAAAACUGGAGUCCAUCAUGAUAGUGGCAAUAAUGAAUUGGGCACAGCAUGUGGUGAAUACUACAGAGUAUGCACACUGCCUAUCAUUGAUCCAGGUGAUUCUGACAUUAUGAGAAGCAUGCCAGAGCAGACUGGUGAAAAGUAA